GUGAUAUUAAUAUAGACGAUGCUAAUUUAGAAAAUGCUAAUAUGAAAGAAGCCUCUGCAGUCAAAGCUACUGAAAUCAAAGCUGAUAUAAAUGAUUUUGAAGCUGGUGUAGAUAGGUUUGGUUUGGAUGAAGUUGAUGUUCUGUAUGAUAAAGGUAUUGGAGAUGACGAAGGUGUUGAAGACAAUGAAGAUAUUGAAAAUGAUGAAGGUAUUGGAGAUGACGAAGAUAUUGAAAACAAUGAAGGUAUUGAAGACAACGAAGAUAUUGAAAACGAUGAUGAUGUUAGAGACGAUGAAGGUGUUGAAGAUAACAAAG